AUGAGGACGGCCUUAGGCGCAGCGCUGUUUGCGGAACCGCAUCUGUUACUGUUAGACGAGCCUUCGAAUCAUUUGGACUUAACAGCCCUGCUAUGGCUGGAGGAGUAUAUACUGGAGAACAUGCACGACGCUACUAUCAUCUGCAUCACACAUGAUAG